GACACGAUGGCACAUGGAACGUCGACUGCAGAUAAUGUGGUUUCGUUUAUUUCGUCUAAAGCUAAAAAUACGAGCCAGAAACAAAAGAUAAAACAGUUGAAGAGAAGGAGACCGUUUGUAAAGGUUUCGUACGAUUCUGGGAGCGAUGCUGAUGUAGAAAGUGAUGAAGAUCAUGUGAAAGAAAACGUCAUCACAGCCACAGCAGACGAACCUCCAUUGAGGAAAAAAGCCAAAACGCCCAGGAAAAAGAUAAAACCGAAGUCAUCCGCUCUACCAGAAAUCAAAGCUGAAGAACUGAGCAACAUCGACGAUAUUGAUGGUGUUGAUGAUGAUGAUGAUGAUUUAGAUAUUGACGCUGAUACUGGUUUUGAUAUUGAUGAUGAUGAUAUUGAAGAAGACGAAGAGUUCAAAGUCUCCGAUCCUGAGUCAGACCCAGAGGAAGUGCCGAGAGUACCGGGCGCAGGAUGGGCAGACGCAAUGGCUAAGAUCCUACAGAGGGAAAUCCCCAAAGAGUCUCCCUCAACCUCAGCUAUUUUGUCAAAGUCUAAGGAGUAUGAGAAAGCCAAACUACAGGAGGAGGAAGAGUAUGCCAAGAGGAAUAAAGUGAAAUUGUCAAGAGAUCAGUGGGAACAGCUUGGCCGAGCCAGACCCAAAGUAACAGAUAAAGUUGUUGAAAGGAGACUACAGAGAAUAGCAACAAGAGGUGUCGUCCAGCUCUUCAAUGCUGUCAAGAAAGAGCAGAAGCACUCUGGAGAGCCCCAGGAGAAGACUCUCUCUAUCUCAGACAGACGACGAGCUGAGGAAAUAAGAUCAGCCAGCGGGAGGGGAAACUUCUUGGACCUACUCAGAGGGACACCAGUUGUUCAGAAGAGGAGCAACCUUCAGAAAAAGGUUGGUGAGAACCCAGAUGGAGGCAAGAAACCGUCUUGGAGUGUUCUUCAGGAUAACUUUAUGAUGGGCGCCACCAUGAAGGAUUGGGACAAGAAGAGUGAUAGCGGCAGUGACGUCCCCAGUGAAGCGGGUAGCGAUAUGAACUCAUUCUCAGACUGAUUAACUAGUUGGAUUGAGCGAGGUAUGAAAAGUUUUCCUUUAAUACUCCAUUUUCCA